GUGCGACAGGGCGAACGUGACGCCGAACGUGCUGACGUUCAACAGUGUCAUCCACGCGUACGCCAAGCUGGGCCUCGUGGCGGAGGCGGCGCGCUGGUUCGAGGGUAUGCUGGCGGCCCGCGUGGAGCCGACGCGGAUAUCUUUCAACAGCAUGGCAGGCGCGUGCGCGGUCGCCGGCAGGGCGGACGAGGCGGCGUCGUGGCUGGGCCGCAUGGCCGCCCGCGGCAUCUCGCCGGACGAG